AUGUCUGAGGAAGGUUUUAAGCAAGACGCCAGUUUUGUUAAGCCUGAAAACAGCCAUGCUCAGGAGGUGCUGCACCAGUGUGCUGAGUGCGGGAAAAACCUGAGUCGCAAGGAUCAUCUUAAGAGGCAUCAGCAGAUACACAGCAGAAAGAAGAAGCCGCAUCAGUGCUGUUACUGUGGGAAGUGCUUCCGGCAGAGGUCGGAUCUGGUUUUCCAUGAAAGGAUCCACACAGAAGAGAAACCUCAUAAAUGCUCUGUCUGUGGGAAGAACUUCAGGAGCACCUGUCAGCUGAUCGUCCACGAGAGGAUCCACACCAGGGAGAAGCCGUACAAGUGCCUGGCCUGUGGCAAGAGCUUCAGCCAGAAUGCAAACCUCACUGUGCACCGAAGGACCCACACGGGCGAGAAGCCGUACAAAUGCUCCACUUGUGAGAAAACCUUCAUUCAGAAGUCACACCUCAUGAAACACGAGAGAACCCACGCCAGAGAGAAGGCGUGUAAAUGUUUAGCCUCCUUUGGAAUGAAUUUCAUAAAUUAA